AUGCUACACCGCGGGCGCUGCUCUGCGCGCUGUAACCCAGGGAGGCACGGCUUCUACAGAGCUGCAUUAAGAGCUCCAUCAGAGAAGCUCCAUCAGUCCCUGGCUCUACCCCUGCUCCAUGUUCACCCAGCAGAGCAUCUGUCCUUGGCCAGCAGCCCACAUCUGAGGUUUCACCACAGCAGAGAGCUCUUCAACCGAUCCAACACCGGUCACCAACAGGAUUAUAGGACGUGUUUGCACUUGUUGGUGCCCCUGAAUGUAGCCGUGGGGGGGGAAGAGCUAAAAAACCACUGCAGAGCGAUUCAUGAAUUCUCCCGAGUAGUCUCCUGGGAGGCCGACCAUCUGGACCGAAUCUUUCCAUGUCCCUUCUUUGUUCAUGUAGCGUGUCCAAACGACCCGCCAUCUUCCCGGUCCUGCUUUGUGAUCUUCCCGCUGGAGAACGCAUUCCUCAUUCGCGCCUGCCAGACAGCAAUUUCUGGGAUCUUCUCGGUGCACCUGGAGAUGGGCAUGCCACCUCCAAUGCCCAGUCAUUAUACCCCAGUCUUCAUGUCCCCGCAGCACUCGGGGAGCCAUUCUAUCUCUGAUACAAACGUGUUGGGCGAUAUACUUCAUUCUGUGGUACAUCAGAGUCCCAGGAUCAACUCCCUGAAGGUGUCCCACUGCAGGCCAGCCAGUUCCAGCCUGGGCGUCCCAUUCGGGGAGCAGAUCCGAAACCCACAGUACGGAUCUGCCCGGCACCUGCAGGGAUCCUCGUUCUUGAUGAUCACUUCUCAAAUUCCUAAACCUUCUCUCACCCUCCCAGAGGAGGGUGAACACUUCAACGUGACAAAGGCAGCAGCCCCCCGGCCUGUAAUCCCUCCAAGAUGGUUCGGCACUCGGCGGUUGACCCGGGUAGAUCACUCCUACCUUGUGCCGGCCAGAUGGAUGACAUUUCAGGAUUACCAGGCCCAUGGUCAGGUAGGCCUGGUCCGGUUCGGCCUGCCCCACUGGAUGAGUCCUCCUAUCGUCCCCGGGGUCCCGCAGCUCAUACGCGUCUUCAACGCUAUCUAG